UCUACCCCCACGUAACCCCAGUCACAAAACAAAGGUGGAGUAGCGUUGUGUUGUCAGAAUGUUUUAUUUGAUGUGAUUAAUUAUGGUUGAUGGUUGCAGAGUAUUUGCGUCUGAAAGCGAAUUGCGUCCAUCCAGACAUGACAAAGUAAGGGUUUCCCCGAAAAUCAUUAUCAACAAGAAAUUUUUUACGAGUUUAUUGUCGGAACCACUUCACGCCAUGUACAAUAAUAACAAUCAGUACUCGGGUCAGGGGUACCAGAGUACCUACCCCCAGUACCAACAGAGCUACAGUUCAAAUUAUGGGUAUGAGGGGUACCCUCAGAACCAAUACUUGAAUACGAAUGUUCAACCAGUGCCCCCUGGUGAGGAAUACCCGCAAAACAAUUGGGCACCGGUCGGGGGCUACCAUAACAACGUUCCAGCACAGUCUUCGAGCACUUUUGAGGGAAAAAAUGAAGACGAAGGUGUGGCACAAGAAAGGAAAGCACAGAACGCCCAAUUGAUUAAACAACGUGAAGAAUAUGUAAGAAAAGCGCGUGUUUUACGAAGAGAACUUGAACUUCUACGCAAUCAAAAACAUGAAAUUAUGUCAGAAAAUUCCUCACAACGUGAUAUGGAAAAAAUUUUGAAGGAAAAUGUCAAAUUACAGGACGAAAUCCAAACUAAAAUGAAAGCAAUACAUAAUGUCAUUGAGAUGUUAUCAAGUAUUAUAAAAGACGGUUCGAAAAUAUCAGAUCUCGAAGCUCAACUCGAUGAAUCCCCAAAAACACAUCACAAAAAUCAUAUAAAAACUGAUUCAAUUGAUCCAUCAUCAAUCAAAUAUAAUUAUAUGCAUUAUGAUCCAGAAUUGCAUUGGUGUCGAAUGUGUGAUGAAUUUCCUAAAACGGCCAAAGAUUUUCUCUUACAUUUACAAUCUGAUAAACAUCGUAAUAAUAUACAAGAGAAUGAUGUUGGUGAUAAUACACCAUGGCAUAAAUUAUCACCAGAACCGGAACUUCCUUGCUAUGAAGGCGCCCCCAAAAAACGUAUACCAAUUCGAGGCUUACAAUUUUUUAUUUCCGCCCCUGCAUGGUAUUGCAAACUUUGUGAUACGUGGAUUGGUGAUUUGCAUUGUGCUUCACAUCAUUUAAAAUCGCAAGCACAUUUUCAAAAUUAUGCGAAUUUUGUUGAGCAAAAUCCUCAUUGGGAAAUUGAAUGGUUGAAAGAUCGUGAAAAAGCAAUGGCACGUAAUGAAAGACGUCGUUCAUCCGAUUCAGAUUCGGAUAAAAAAAAGAAGAAACAUCGUAAUAAAAGAUCAUCAAUGGAGUCAAGUAAUAAAGAUAAGAAAAAGAAGAAACGUUCAAAGAAACGUAGAAAACAUUCCAGUGAUACUAGUAGUAGUUCAAGUACAUCUGAUACAUCAACCGAUGAUGAUGAAGAAGAAGAAAAUAAUGAUAAAUCGAAAAGUAUUCGUGUUGUAAUGCGUAAUAUGAAAGUACAAUCAAUAAUGAAUGAAGAUUUGAGUGGUAAAUGGGAAAUGUUAGAACGUCUAGUCGACGAACAUAAGAAAAAAGAAGAAAUGCAAAAAAAAGAAGAUAAUUUAAUAAAUCAAUGGAUGACUGUAAGUGAACCACAAGAAAAAGAAAAAGUAUUACUUGAUAAUUUGAAAGAUCGAAUGAAACAAAAACAGGAAUUGGAAAGAGUAAAAUAUGCCGAAAUGGAAAAGAAACAACGUGAAAAAGAACGUGAAGAAAAGGAAAUGAAAGAGAGAAAAAUGAGAGAAGAACAAGAAAGUAAAGAACGUUAUGAAAGAGAAAGACGUGAACGUGAUCGUGAAGAAUAUGAAAGAAUAAGAGAUAAAGAUCGUAAUCAAGUGAGAUUUAAACCGAAAGAUCGUGAGAAUUACAGAAAAAGAAAGACACCGUCUCCUAGUCCUGAAAGGCCCCCACCACCUGAGCAACAAAGACAAUCAAAAGAACGACGCGAGACACCAAACAAGGAAGUGUCAAGGGAAAGGAAUGGAAGAGAGAGUCAAGAGCGUCAUAAUAAAAGUCGCAGUCCUGAAUCAUCAAAAAAGCCCCCCACUAAACGUCUCCCAUUUAUUGGUCGAAUGCCACUUUUUAAAAAUAAAAAAAUUGAAGAGAAAGUCGAGAAAGAAAUCAAAAAGGAGGAUUAUGAUCUUCCUCGAGUGACUCGUUUUCAGCCUGGAAAUCUAGCACGUGCAUUCCUCCCCCAACCUGAUGUUGUUUGUUUUCCGAAACUUUCGAGUUAUCCCCCGAUUUCGGCUCCUCCACCACCAAGUGUCACUCAACCGGAUCCUCCAGCACCACCGAAAAUAAGUGAAGAUCAAACACCAAAAGCACCACCGGCUCCAAAAAUUGGUUCGAGUGAAAGUAAUGAUAAAAAUAGUCCGGAAAAAGAAGAGGAUAUGUAUGAGGAUCCGAGUCAAAUGAUGAUGAAUCAAUAUUAUUCCGAUUAUAAUGCGAUGUAUUCACAAAUGUAUGAUUAUUCGCAGUGUCAAGAAGAGCAACCACAACCGCCGCCUCCAGAUGAUAUUCCGUUAUCGCAUACUAUGCCCUUGCAACCGCCCCCAUUGCCCCCGAAUGAUCCCAGUGAGGAUUUAGCGAUGUUGGGGAUUAGUGCUGAUGAUAUGGCGGCUCAGAGUUUCUAAUUAUAGGUUUUCUUUUUUGGUAUUAGAUUUUAAUUAUUUUGCUGUAGUUUGGAUCGUAAUAUGUUAUUUGCCUUAAUAAAUGCGUUUCUUUUGUAA